UCCGCCUCCAGCCCAUCAUGCACCGCGACAGCUAUUUGGGGCAAAUUGAAGCAAAGGGCGGAAGUGUUCUGUACGGUCGACGGAUAAGCCACAUGUGUGUAGUUGUUCACCGGGGUACUUAAAGAUGACCGCCCAGGAGGUGCGUUUGUGUGGACUUCUGCUGCAGGAGCACUUUGGAGAUGUGGUGGAGAAAGUGGGAACACACUUGCUCAGAAAUGGAGCACAGCAUCUACGAGCCAUCGUUCAAGAAACUGGCACUCCAAUGGACCUGGUGAAGAAGUCUCUGUGUGUCCUAAUACAACAUGGAGCCUGUGCCUUCAGCUCAGGCCGCAAAGGCCCGGGGAGCCCAGUGGAGUACCAGGCCAGUUUUGAACGGAUUUUGAGAAUUCUACGCUACCCACGCUACAUCUACACAGCCAAAACCCUUUACGGCGACACAGGAGAAUUGAUCAUAGAAGAAUUACUACAGAGGGGCCACAUGACUAUGAGCAGUACUGUUAAGACAGUCGCCGACCGCCUCACACUCAAUAUGGAGGAGGGGCACAGCAUGGAGUACAGCGAAGUGAGCAAUACAUUCUCCAAACUGGUGGAGACCCAUUUUUUGCAGCGCUGCCCUCCAGUGGAAGUGGCAGGAAAAGCUGUUAGUGCUACCCCGGAUCCUGCAACUACCCCUGGUGCCCCCGCGAAUAACACUACCCCGUCCACACCAGAGAGCUUCGCUGACUGCUACAAGGUGCCUCAUGUCACACUCAUCGGUCGAGGUAAACGCCGCAACUCCAGUGAGGAUGGAGAGGACCAAAGAAAUGCGAAAAGGGCUAAGGAGGACCCAGAGACACACGGCGAUGAAGGAAUCUACUGGCAGGUGAACUUUGAGAGGUUUCAUCUUCACUUCAGAGACCAGGCUAUCAUCAGUGCUGUGGCCAACAAAUUGGACCAGACUAGCAGCGAGAUAGUGAGGACUAUGCUGAGGAUGAGUGAGGUGACAACCCCACCCAUUGCCACUUGCACACAGGCCCUCUCAGCCAAUGAGAUCUUCAGGUCUCUCCCUCCCAACUACAACAUCAGCCGACCCAUUUUAGACCAGUACCUCACGCUACUCGUUGAUGACCCGAUGGAGUUUGUGGGGAAGUCAGGAGACAGCGGAGGAGGGAUGUAUGUUGUCAACUUGCACAGAGCUUUGGCCAAUCUGGCAAGGGCAACACUCGAGUCUGUAGUACAGGAGAGAUUUGGCUCCCGGUCUGCACGCAUCUUCCGUCUGUUGCUACGGAAACGUCAUCUUGAGCAGAAGCAGGUGGAGGAUUUCGCCAUGAUUCCAGCCAAGGAAGCUAAAGACAUGCUCUACACACUGCUUUCAGAAAACCUGGUUCAGCUCCAGGAAAUACCCAAAACUCCUGACCAUGCUCCCUCACGUACCUUCUAUCUUUAUACUGUGAACCAGCUCCCCACUGCCAGAAUGUUGCUUCAGAACUGCUUUAAGACAGUGGCCAACCUCAUAGAGAGGCGCUUGUUUGAGACCAAAGAGAGCAAGCGUCUGCUGGAGAAAUCCCAGCGAAUAGAGGCCAUCCUGGCAUCCCUGCAGGCCAGCGGGGCAGAGCCUGAACAGCUGACGGAGGUGGAGGAGAUGAUCACUCCUCCUGAAAAGCAACAGCUGGAGUCCUUACGGCAUCAUAUCAAUAAGUUAGAUUCAGCAGAGAACCAGGUUGAUGAAACCAUCUUCCUACUAGAAUCUUACAUCAAGUCCACCGCUACAGCCACACGCUGAGCCAGCCAGAUGUGUGAGCAUUACUGCUCACACCCAUACCCAGACCACGCUGUUACUUCAUGUGUUCAUGAUUACUGACAAAUGUGCCUGUUUUAUAGUUUAUAUGUGAGAUAAAAGCACUAUAGCUUGGAAAGCUUUAUUUAGGAGUGGAAUAAAAUAUUAUGGUUGAUAAUUUUGCUUGGUUUUAUUACCUGAAUCAUUAUAGAUUUAAAAACAAGAAUACUUCUUUCAGUUGUUUUAAUGUCAUCAAAAGAACAAACACCAAACUGGAAGACAAGACAUAGAACAAAGUGAUUGGAUGAAAUGUAAAACUGUGAUGAAGCCUGUAUAUUAAAUAGAAGAAUCGUGGUUCAGUA